GACACAAAAUAAGGAAAAGUUGAAGAAGUAUACAUCCCUACCUUCUCCUUCCUUUCCCCUUCCCUCCUGAAUUUAACAUGGAUUAGGAGUUUAGUACUAACUAAAUGCUAAUGACAUUGCUUAGGAUUUUUCUCGAGUUACAUGUUUUUACAGAAAAGAAUUUCUAUGCAGCUCCAAAAUUCAAGAACCUUGGUUAAGAAAUCUGUCGCUACUACUCGUAGAGCUUCUCUGCCAUUACCGGCCAAAGAUGCAGUUUGCAGUUUCCGUCAUAGGCCGAGUCUUGGAAACAUCAACAUCAUCAAGUCUCCAGAUGUCUCAGUCAAUGCCCCUCGAAUUGAUAAGAUAAUUGAAUUUCCUUUAUUGUCAUAUGAGGAUCCCUUCUUUCAGAUGCAUAAAAAUUCAUCUGCCUCUGUGCAAGGUUCCUCUAGUUCACCACUGGGUGACCGCUCUCUUAUGAAGGAUAGAUGCACCAUUCAGUUUCCUGAUAGAUUUGACAGAUUGAGCUCUAAAAGAUUUCAAGGACCUGCAUUUAAUGCUAGAGAGGAUGGAAGUGAGUCUUCCAAUCAAAAUGCUACAGCUGGCACGUCAAGCCGAACUUCAUCAGACCAAAGACGCCGCCGUUUUAAUAUGUCUUCUUGCCGACAACGAGCUGAAGCUUUGGAAGGAUUACUUGAAUUUAGUGCAAGAUUGUUACAAGAAGACAGAAUCGAAGAACUUGGUGUUUUACUGAAGCCUUUUGGGCCAGGAAAAGUAUCUUCAAGGGAAACUGCAAUCUGGUUGACUAAGAGCUUCAAGGAAAAUGCAGUGAAACCAGAAGAUCAGUGAAGCAGUCUGCAAGUGACCAAGAGCUUUAAGGAAAAUACACUCAAACCAGAAGAUCAAUUAAGCCGUCUGCAUGUGCAAAAGGCCCUUGCUAUAAAUCUUGUAGCGUGCAUUAGUUUUUGACAUGCAGUGUCGGGCAGAGGCUGAUGUAAUAGAUUGUAGCUUAGCAUGUCCUUUAGGCUUUCUUCCACGUAUAUUCAAGAACUUCGUUGGGAAUCAAUGGAAAAGAUAUCGAACGAACUAUUGUAAACAGUGUAGCAGUGUUAAUCUCUUUCCAACUUUUGGUUUUGUUUCUCUC